UGUCUGAUAACUGUGUAUUUGCCUACUGGUGUUUGCCAGAAAGAAACUUUAAUUCAAUAGCUUAUCUCCCUUGUUCAGAAUGUUGUUCAUGUCGUUGAGAAGAUUUUUCACUAGAAGGAGAUUCGAUCCAAGCUGCUCGAAGGCUUUGUGCUCAUUUGUUUAGACGGGAAAGAAAGUUAUUGUCAAGGAUUGCUGGAUACUGAUGUUUGAAUCACCUCAUGUAACAAUGUCAGCUUAUGUAGGACUUAUCUUCCUAGUAUUUUUCAGUGAUCGAUACGUCACUUCACUGGAGUUGUGUCCUGUCUGGAACUACCUGGAGGUAAAGGAAGGCAGAGAUGACAACACCUUCACUUGUAGUGGACUCACAGAUCAGCAAGAAGUCAGCUGGGUGCUCACGAAUUCUGUAGUGAAAACAUGUCCGCCAGUUCCACCAUCGUGUACUGCUUUAGCUUACGGAUAUUUCAGCGUUAGCAGGACUUCAAACCAAAACUUUUAUAUUACUAUAAUGGCGACAAGAAUUUCUGAUCUAAGUAUCCUAGGCGGAAAUAUUUCGUGUCAAAUUAAGACUGAACUUAAAACGUGUCAACUGGACAUAAUCUACCCUGCGGAAAAUUCGCAAUGUCAAGUUCAGUUUAACGGCAAUACAUGGCAAAUAACCGCUUUGUGCUCUGUUUCCAAAGUCCGUUCAUCAAGAAAUAAUUAUCGCUGCUUCCUGUACCAAGUACCAGAGUCGUCUCAAGUGUCAUCACUCGGUUCUUAUACUAUGGAAGUAAUUCAAGCAAGCUCCGGAUAUUUGUCAGGCACGUGUAAUAUGACCUCCUACCUGCCUCCUGAAGGGCGAUACAGCUACUAUGUAAUUAUUUUUCCAGGGAAUGUAAACGUGUCUGCCACAUUUCAUGGAAACAACACUAUCAGUCGUCCUAUUAGUACACCUAACCACAACUGCCCACUGUAUUUAAAUGAAGGGGACACCUUAAACUGCUCGUGUUUUGUAAACGACCCUGGAAAUCCACCCGGAAUUCUUCGAUGGAAUAGCACAAACUCCAGCAAGCUGGAAUUUAAAAACCUAAAAAAAUCGCAAAAUGGAUUUCAGAAUGUGUGUACUCUGACCUGGAACAACACAGUCUAUCAAUCUGUGUCUUACACACUAAUUGUGGCUUGUGAAAAAAAACAACGAUUUAACAUCAUCCGAGUUCAGUCUAGGUCUGGGAAUUGGUCUUGGUGUUGGUCUGGGAGUUGCUGCAGCUGAGGCUGUUGUUGUCGCGACAGUCGUUCUUGUCUUUUGCUGGCGACGAAAGCAACGUAGCUUGAGAGCUAAAGGUGAAAGAGAAAAUGCGGGUUACAGUCCACGGGAAGACACAUCGCACGAUAAAGCAGAUGAGCUGAGAUCAUCUUCAGCACUGGAACACGAGAGUCCGUAUGAAGCUGUCGGUAAUACUGAGACUGUACAGAUGGCUCCAUACACUAAUGUUCAAGAAAGUCAUUUGUCACCAAGUAAGACUUCAAAGAAGAAAGGAAACGUAUACGACGGCCUACGUCUUCAAGAUGUAGGAGUGAGAUUACCUUACGCUGGCCUAACGCAGCUGAAAACUUCAUAAAAUCAUAGCCAUUAAGUUUAUCGUAACCUCCAAGCAGACAUACAAGACCUGCAAGGAAGAAUACAGACUAUGAGUUGCUGGAGGAAUAUCCUUCAUCUCUCUUACACUGAUCACAUCACUAAGAAGAAAACGCAUAAAAUUAGACACUUGCGUUUACCUUAGAAAAUUCCUGCUUAAAGUUACAAUAAGCAAAGUAAACAACACUUGCGAAAAGACUUGUGAAAGUACAAUAAUGACAAAGUAAGAACGUAGGCAGAUAAAAAGAAAUGAAGUAGAAUGUUUGAUCUCUAACAAUGUGAAAAGAAAAGAUGGUGAGUUAGUUGUAAGCCCCUCUGCCGGCCCGGUGAUUGCAUAACCACAAUUCCCUCUUCAACUUCAUGGUUGUGCAUAUAAAGCCAGCAUUCAAAACUAAAGCAAGGGAAAAGAACAUAUAUUACAUCAAAACUUUAAGAAGAAAUAAUUCAAAACAAGUCAGUAAAGCUGUUUAUAAUGUUUUCAACAAUUUUUGACAAUUUUCAUUAAGAGUGUUUUAUGCCUUUUUAUAUUUAAAGCAUGCACCUAAAAUGUUGUCAUAUGGUGAGAUUCUACAAUAUGGAAAACGUUUACCUCCGUCAUCAUGGUUACUACUACAACCGCGGCAGAAAUAUAGGAAACUUUACUUGUGUAUUAGCAUAUACAUUUGGCUUUAGAUAUGAGCAAAAAUAGUUUACUUACUUAAGUUGUCCAUAGAUAAUAUAUAACAGUAAGCAUAGCGUUAAAUAUACAUACACACAAACGUGUGAUAGACAUACAGACAAGCAGAAAAUCAUGGACAAAACAAACGUUUUUCCUGACCUUCUUGUUCCAGAACUCGUUUUUCUUUCAUUUGUCGAGCUUAUAAAAGAAUAUAUUAAUAAGUUGUCCUGGAAUAAUCCUUUCUAGAUUAUUUACGAGUUAAACUAUAAACUUUGCUAUACAUUUCUUACGAAAUGCAUGACCUGACGCGAAUAAGGAAUAAGGAAGUAUAAAGCUGUACUAAUGCUAAUAAUGCAUUAUCAAAUCUUUGUAGCAAGUUCAAAAGUUAAAAGUUUUUUUUCUGGCAAUGAUUUAUGCAAAUUUGCAUAUUAUCUUCGUAUACAUCAAAUAAAUAAUUUCACAUAAAUUAUACUAGGGUUGCCGGAGAAGCUCAUCUGUGUAUAGUUUUAAACCAUACAGCUACUUUUUAAGGAACUAUGAAAGUGUAAAAGAUGAAUAUGGCAGCAAGUAAUAAUUUUCUUAUUUUUUACCACACUUUAUUGUUCUUGAUAAUGUCUUUCUUGUCAGAUAGAAUGUAGCUUUUUUUAAAAUCUGCAAAUAAAACAAAUUUAAUGAAGCAGA